UGGAGAUCUAGGUGUCUAUUAGAUGCGGCAUGGGAAGCAUAUACUAUUACCCUAUCUAUGGUCUCGAAGAUGCGGGAGGCUAUCGUGAAGACGUUCUAUGAGCAUCGGGAGUUAUUAGACGAGGAUUUUGUUAAGGAGUUUCUGCUAGAAAUGCCUUACCUAACCCUGGAUAUAAUGAUAUAUAUGAAUAAGCCCCCCGCCGUCACUGGGGUUCGGCAUUAG